AUGAUGAGAUGGUCGCCGUGGGCUGGAGCAGCUUCGGAGGGGAAGAGAAGGAAAUACCGCGUGAAGAUGGAUGUGAGGAGAAUCGACGGCCUCUUCACGGCGGCGGCGCCGUCGGUGCCCACCGGAGACGGAGAUGCUCCGCGAGUGGUUUGGGUGGAGAUCAGAUGGAAGGGGCCUCCCCGGAGUAGGGGGUUGUCCUCCCUGAAGGGUAGGAGGAAGCCGACGAGGUCUGCUUCGGUGGAUAUGGUGGUCCGCGCUGGAACGGCAGAAUGGAAGGAUGGCGAUGGCGCGACCUUCGACCAUGUCUGCGGCUUCUCGGAGACGGAGAGGGAAGAAACCCUAAGCGACUGGGAUGUCUCGAUCCAUCUAUGCGUAAGUCCUCCCUCCCCUUUCUCAAUUCAUCUCCGUCGAACUCAAGGACAGACGAUCAACAGUCGGAAAAAAAAAAAUCUCUCUAUUUUCCUGCAAGUAAUUAUCUCAGCUAUUCAAGCUUUUUUUUGCGUUUGAUUUAUGUCGGCCUGCAUGCGUAGAACAUUGAAUCGGAGGAAGAAUUUCUGUUCUGGUUCGAUUCCGACGAAUUCAUUCAAUCGAGCGCGCAGGCGAAAGGAGACGACAAGCUCGAAGAGAUUGGGAUGGCCAGGCUGAACUUGAGGGACAUGGUUUCCAAACUGCGGGCGGAAGCAGCGAAUGGAUCGUCUGAUCGGUCCCAGACCCUUAGGGAGCUUCCAGUCGCCUCACUCGCCGGCUGCUGCGACGCCAGAAUCUCCGUGAGAACGCCUUCUAUUAUGUCCUACAUUGACAGAGAUUCAGCGGUGGAGGACGGAGUAUGAGAUUUUCUGUCGUUGACGAACGCAGGUCGCCAUCAGCUCCGUUGAGAUCAUCUCCGUCCGAGAUAUCCCUGAAACCUCAUUGUCGUUGUCGUCGUCGUCGUCGGCGGUGGCGGCGGCGCGAGAUGAGAGCACAGCAGAGAAGUCCUACACAUUGGAUUCGGAAGCUUCCGGCGAGAUUCAGAUGCCGGCGCAGUCUCCGUCGACGACGGCAGGCGCCGGAGAACAGACGGGCUCUACUUCCAGCGAGGGAAGGAGUUCGGAGAAACAGUCGGAGCCGCCUCCGAGACGUGGGCUCCUUUCAUGGAGGAAGAAGAGGAGGAAGACCAGCGACGGAGGGGAAGGAAAGGGAGGAGGAAUCGGAGCUUCUCAAUUCCCGAUCACCUGCUCGUCAUCAUCCCCCGACGGAAAGGUUCCCUCACAGCUCCGGAUGUUCAUCCAAUUCCAUCUUAAGAGUCCGAUCAUGGCAAAAAUUCAUUCAUCCAAGAACUUUUCUUCCACAGGGAUGGGAAGAGAAGGAGCUGAUUAGCAGAGAGGGGAAGACGAAGCUAAGCACCGGCACCUUCUUCGCCUCCAUCGACCAGCGCGACGACAGCGCCGGCGGCGAGAGCGCCUGCGCAGUCCUCGCUGUCGUGAUCGCCGACAAGUUGCAGUCGAACCAGAUGAACCCGCCGACGCAGGCCCAGUUUGACGCCUUGAUCAGAGAAGGCUCCUCCGAGUGGCGGAAACUCUGCGAAGCCGAGCCCUACGCCAGCCGCUUCUCCGACAAGCACUUCGACCUCGAGACGGUCAUGGAGGCGAACCUGAGGCCGGUCGCCGUCUCGCCAGAGAACUCCUUCGUGGGGUUCUUCCUCCCGGAGAGCUUCGAGUCCCUCCGUGGGGCCAUGUCCUUCGAUGACAUAUGGAGCGAGAUCGCCGCCGCCGCCGAGGAGGGCGGCGCCGCUGCCGCGAAGGUCUACAUCGUGAGCUGGAACGACCACUUCUUCCUGCUGAAGGCGGAGGCUGAGGCCUUCUACGUCAUAGACACUCUAGGGGAGCGGCUCUCCGAAGGCUGCGACAAGGCCUACGUUCUGAAGUUCGACGAGGGGUCCUUCAUGAGGGGGCUGCCGGAGAAGGAAGGAGACGAGGGGGAGCUCAUCUGCAGCGGGAAGAGCUGCUGCAGAGAGUUCAUCAACAGGUUCCUCGUUGCCAUCCCGUUGAGGGAGGAACUGGAGGCCGAAGAGAAGCGGCGCGAUGGGCCCCCUGCUUCCACAAGCUCUCUCCACCAGAGACUGCAGAUCGAGUUUCAUCGGGUGAAGCCGUCGGAGAAGACGGGCGCCAUGAACAGCAGCAUCUCCUGA